AUGUCUACGCAAAUAGUUUACCCCAGCACUGGUGUGACCAGCACACCAGACCAAACAUCCAAACCUGCUCCAAAUGUUUCGUCGACCGAGACUCAACAGCCAAAAGACCAGCUCCCUCAGGACUUGGUCAAUGCUAUGCAAGCAAUCUUUGGCAAGCAUCCUGGCUACCGAACAACUCAUGCCAAAGGUCUUCUUGUCGAGGGUACUUUUACGCCAACAGAAGAGGCCAAGAAGCUUUCCACAGCUGCCCACUUCAACAAUCCUUCGACCAAGGUGAUAGCACGGUUUUCUGUUGGCGGCGGUCUCCCCCAUGUUGCAGACGUGGCCGAUGGUGCUACGCCCAAGGGCGUCGCUAUUCGCUUCCAGAUUGAUGAGAACACUCACACUGAUCUGAUCAGCCACUCAUUCAAUGGAUUUGCAACCCGAAAUGGCGAAGACUUUCUUACCUUCCUCAAGCUCUUCGGCGCUGAUGGGUUUACCGACGCGCAGCUCAAGAAGGCCAAGGCUGGUGGAGGAGACUACUCCAAAGAGCAGAAGGCUUAUGAUCAGGCCCACGCUGCGUUUUUGUCUUUCCUUGGAAACCCCGAGCACAAGUCUGCUGCUGUCUUUGUUACCUCGGAGAAGCCCAAUCCUCAUAACUACGGAACCAUCACGUACUACGAGCCCAACACUCACGUCUUGACCAAUAAAGACGGCGACGUUACAAACGUCCGCUACCGUCUCGACCCUGCUGAUGGGGAGCACCUUUACCCCAACAAGACUCCUGAGGACAAAGAAGUGCUUGCGAAGCUAGGCAAUGACUACUUGGAGGAUGAUCUCCGAGAGCGCUUCCCAGAUAAGCCAAUCGUGCUGACCAUUCAAGCGCAUAUUGCGGGCCCGGACGAUGUGCUAGAUGACGCUACCAUACCAUACAAGAGCAAGACGUUCAUCCCCAUUGGCAAGCUGGAGAUCAACAAGGUUUCGGAUGACAAUGCUGCUCGGCAGCAGCAGAUUGCAUUCAAACCUAACCCGGAGAAGGGCGGCAUUGAAGGUAUCAAGUCAUCCAACGACCCCUUGAUCCAAGCACGGAAGGGUGUUUACUGGAUUAGUGCGGAUCAACGAAGACAUGAGAAGCAGGUUGAGUAG